AUGACUAGUGAUCUAGUCGAUAGUGGUCGUGUGGAUUGGUCAGUGGAGAAAAACGCAUCUUUCUGGAAUGAACAAGCACGUGUGACGAUUGAACAAAUACUUCAACAAAAGCAGAAUACACAAGUGGCAAAAAAUGUUAUCAUAUUUCUUGGUGAUGGUAUGGGUGUUUCAACGGUGACCGCUGGUAGAAUUCGCAAAGGUCAAACCAAUGGUCAACUGGGUGAGGACUAUCUUAGCGAAAUGGAACAGUUUCCUCACUUGGGUUUGGUCAAAACAUACAACAUCGAUUAUCAAACACCAGACUCAGCAGGAACAGCAACUGCUUUUUUGUGUGGUGUCAAAACAAACCUAGGUACCAUUGGAGUCGAUGGGCGAGCAGUACGGGGCGAUUGUCCCAGUUCGAUUGGUACAAAUGUGGACAGUAUUCUUGAUUGGGCACAAACACUAGGUGAAUUCUUUUGA